AUGAAGUUCAUCGCUGCUUCUCUCGCUAUCGCCCUGUCGGGAACUGCCAUGGCUGCUCCCCUCAAGUCCAAUGGGACUUAUGCCUUUCCCACACCUUCAGGCCUUCCCAGUCCUUCGCGCACUCCCAGCGGUGCUCCUAGUGGUACUCCAGGUGUUGCGUCGAGCAGUGCUCCGUUCCCUGGCUCUUUCGCUCCCUCUGGAACCAGACAGCCUCUGCCAUCUGGAACCCCAUUGGGUUCUAUCCCGAACUCUCUGCUCCCUGACAAUGUGAAGCGCAGUGGAUCUCUGACCAUUCCCACCGAUCUGUCUUCUCUCGGUUCUGAUGUCGAGUCUGCUCUCGGUGCUCUUGCCUCCGCCGGUGCCCAGAAGCGUGAUGGCUCUCUCGCCAUUCCUACCGAACUGUCUUCUCUUGGUUCUGAUGUCGAGUCCGCUCUUGGCGCUCUGGCUUCUGCCGGUGCACAGAAGCGUGACGGAUCUAUUGCUAUUCCUACCGAUCUGUCUUCCCUCGGCUCCGAUCUCGAGUCUGCUCUUGGCGCUCUUUCAUCCGCUGGUGCUCAGAAGCGCGAUGGUUCUCUUGCCAUCCCUACUGAUCUGUCUUCAUUGGGAUCCGAUGUUGAGGCCGCCCUUGGCGCCCUUUCCUCUGCAGGCGCUCAGAAGCGUGGCUUUACACCUAAGGCCAUUCCCACCCCCUCUGUGACUCCAUCUGCUGUUCCCUCUAGCGUCCCUUUCAGCAUUCCUAGCGGCACUCCCCUCGCUGGAUCGAGCGUGCCUCUCGCCUCUGGAUCCCUGACUCCCUCCUCCACUCAGGCUCAGGCUUCCUCUACUGGCCUGUCGUUCCUCGGAUUCCCCUUGGCCUAA